AACCGUAUAGAAUAUCCAUCACCCCAACUCUAAUGAUGGUUCUAUCUGUCAAAAACCAGUUGGUCCCAAUAAAUCGAGUUAUUGGGAGAAGGUUAUGCUGGAUCUUAUACCACUCUCUAACACGCCCCCUCAAACGAAAGCCAACCCAUGGGCUUGAAGUUUGCACAGACCCACCAUACCAUGUGCUUGAAAGACAACGGUUAAUAUUGUGGGUCGUGGAGAUUCGAACACAUAACCUUUCGGUUCUAGGCUCUGAUACCAUGUCAUAAACCAGUUGGUCUUAAUAACUAGAAUUAUUAAGAGAAGGUUAUGCUAGAUCUUAUACCAUUCUCUAACAAUAUAUUCAUUAAAUUUCCACUAUCUAAUCCAUCUCCAUAAUCUAGUAGGCAACACCGCAACAGGACAAUUUACAGAGUAUUAUCUGGGAGAAAGAUUCAGCAUCGACAUUCAAACAGUCAAUUCUCCCAUCUUGAAUUCUAUUUUUGUUGUUUUGCCAAAUCUGUUCUGUAUCUCACUUCCACCUUACAACCGAUUAUAAUAAUGGAAAGGGAGGCAACCUGCUUCGAGUGAUGCAAACUUCUCAACCGUCCCCGCCAUUACUCCUCCACUGCCUCUGUCACCAGAAGCAAGAAACAAAAUCCAAUAAAGAAAACACGAAGGCAGCAAGCAAGCAAGUAGCAGACUCUGUUCCUUCUUCAAACACGCAUCAAUGGCGGCAGCAACAAAACCAAGUUGAUCAGAGAUGAUUGCCCCCAUAUAAUAGUCCCGCAGAACAAGAAAGAAGCAGAGCAAGUCAGCUGAUUUCUUUCCUUCCUUACUUCCUUCACAUGCUCUUUCCUUUUCCUGCGCUAUAUUAUAAAACCAGCUCUCUCAUUCAUUUGGGUCAAAUCUCAAGAGAGGGAACACAGACCGCUGCAUGGCUGAUUAGAUUAAGCUUUCUAAUCCUAAGCUAAUCAUAUGGUGGAUUACUUUACUGUUUUAUCUCACUUGGGUUUCCGCAGCUUCUUCUUCUUCUCCUCCUCCUUCUUUCCAUGUGAUGCUUCUCUUCCAAGCGAAUACAGCUCAUUCUCGCCAUUCAUCAUUACCCAAUUCAUAUAAUUCCCCACAAUUCAUCAAGUGUCAACCAACUUCCCAUCUUUCCCCAUCUCUGUUCCUUUUCUGGGUUCAAGAGCGCUGAAGAAAUGGAUUCACUGAAGAUUGGAUUGGUGGAGUGAGAAAGCAGAGAUGGAGAUCCUCUGCAUUCCCCUGGUAAGUCUUCUCUCUGUGUUUCUCUGUUUGUUCUCUGUUCACUCUCUAACAGGAAACCCUUUUAGGUGAACAACAAAAGACAGGUGUUUUCUUGAGGAUCCAAGAAUUGUUCCUAGCAGCCAAUUAAUGUAUACGAAUAGAAAGUUUCGAUCUUUUCUCUCCAAUUUUCCUGCCCAUUUGUUUUCUCAGCAACCAAACAGAAGUUAGGUCAUUCCAUUUCCUAGUAUAAAAAAGUCAACAAAUUAGCUAGCCAUAAAAUGAAUGCUUUCUUCCUGUGUUAGCUGUUGAUGUUUGACUUGAACGGCAAUCCGCAAUAGGAUAACAGCUAGUAGUUUGUUAGUCUAUUAUGGAUUUAUGGGUUCAACAAAGUAACGUCUGUUCAUCCUAUUCAUUACAGUCAUAAACUCCAUUACUAAAUACUACCUUUUUAUCUGGUUUCUUGUACCAGAUGUGAGUCACCGGCCAAGUUUUGUAGCAGCAGCAACAGCAAGGAUCAGCCAUGGUGGAAAUGAAGAUGAUCACAUUCACUCUCUCUGCAAUCCUCAUCAUUGCUUCAAUCUCACUCCCGAUCACCAAAUCCGAGCCAUACGAGGACAAAGAAGCAUUACUCGACUUCAUAAGAAACAUUCACCACUCCCGCUCCCUAAAUUGGGACACAAACUUCCCAGUAUGCUUCCUCUGGACAGGGGUCACCUGCAACAGCGACAACUCUCGAGUCGUAGCACUCCGAUUGCCCGGUAUGGGGCUCCGCGGCUCGAUCCCAUCCAACACGCUGAGCCGCCUCUCGUCGCUCCAAAUCCUCAGCCUGAGAUCCAACGCGAUCUCAGGCAGCUUCCCAUCGGAUUUCUCCAACCUGAAGAAUUUAACUUCCCUGUACCUCCAAUCCAACUACUUCACCGGCUCGUUGCCUUCUGAUUUCUCAGUAUGGAACAGUUUAACCGUUCUGGACCUCUCAGGAAACCGAUUCAACGGCAGCAUUCCGCCUUCCAUCUCGAACCUGAACCACUUGACGUCUCUCAACCUCUCCAACAACUCGCUCACGGGCGAAAUCCCCGACAUCAACAUCCCCAGCUUGCAGCAGAUCAACCUCACGAACAAUCACCUCACUGGCAUUCUCCCCAAUUCGCUCAUGAGGUACCCGAGCUCCGCAUUCUCCGGCAACGAGCUGUCCUCACAAAUUGCAAUCCCACCGGCCACCUCUACCGAAACCCCAAUUCCUCAGCCGACGAGGAAACCACGUGGGAAGCUGACCGAGCCAGCGAUACUAGGGAUCGUGCUGGGCAGCUGUGUUCUUGCAUUUGCCACGAUCGCGCUGUUAAUGAUAUGCAGCUACUCUCGUGGGAAGAACGAUGGUGGAUUGCCUACUACCAAAACGGUUACAGUCGCGACCAAGUCGAAGGAGAAAGGCGAGCCUGCUCUGAAGCUGAAGAAGGAGAAGAAGAAGGAUAUUGGUGGUGGUGAUGGUAAGAACAACAAGUUGGUGUUCUUCGAAGGGUGUCGCCUCGCGUUCGACUUGGAGGACUUGCUGAGGGCGUCGGCGGAGGUUCUUGGGAAGGGGAGCUACGGGACGACUUACAAGGCUGCGUUGGAGGACGCGACGACGACUGUGGUGGUGAAGAGGUUGAAGGAAGUCGGGGUCGGGAAGAAGGAGUUCGAAGGGCAGAUGGAGGUCGUUGGUGGGAUUAGGCAUGAGAAUGUGUGUCCCUUGAGAGCUUAUUACUGCUCCAAGGAUGAGAAGCUGAUGGUGUAUGAUUUCUACGACAGGGGAAGUGUCUCUGUUCUGUUGCACGGCAGAAGAGGGGAAGGCAGGACACCAUUAGACUGGGAAACCAGAAUGAGGAUCGCGAUAGGAGCAGCAAGGGGAAUUUUCUACAUCCACAGCACACGCCAAUCCGCGGCCAAACAGCUCGUCCACGGCAACAUAAAGGCCUCGAACAUCUUCCUAAACUCAGACAACUACGGCAGCAUCUCCGACGUCGGGCUCGCCACGCUGAUCACUCCAACCCCUGCACCAGCACCACACAGAGCAGCAUCCUCAGGGUACCGUGCCCCUGAAGUAACCGACCCACGCAAGGCGACCCCUGCAUCCGACGUCUACAGCUUCGGCGUCCUCCUCCUCGAGCUCCUCACCGGGAAAUCCCCAACAAAUUCGUCGUCAUCCGGAGGGAGCGGCGGGGGUGAGGAAGUCGUUCACUUGGUGAGAUGGGUGAACUCUGUGGUGAGGGAGGAGUGGACCGCCGAGGUGUUCGACGUGGAGCUUCUGAGGUAUCCUAACAUAGAGGAAGAGAUGGUGGAGAUGCUGCAGAUUGGGAUGAACUGUGUGGUGAGAAUGCCAGAACAGAGGCCGAAGAUGGUCGAUGUGGUGAAGAUGGUGGAAGGGAUCCGACGUGCAGGAGGUAGUGUUAGUGUUAGUCCCGGAGAAGGUCGGGGAUUCGGGUCGGAUUCCGGCGUGGAGAUCGCCAUGUCGACUCCGACCCCGACCCCGCCGGGGUCGGAUCGUGCCGGUAGCUCUUCAGCUAUACCGUAGGUGUUCAACAAUCUGUGUUUUGGUAUUCAUUGUGUGGGGAAGGAUUUUGCCUGCUGGGAUUAGACACCAAAAUCGUAGUCUAGACCGAGUAAUGUGAGAUUUUCUUCAGAUGUAUAAAACUAAUGGAUUAGUUCUGAUUCAAUCAAAGUCCAUUUCAGUG